GGGGGUCCCCAUCCCGAUCCCUUCCUUCGGGGGGCUUCCCGAGCUUUUCCCGGCUUCCCGGGGGUCCCCCCCAUCCCAUCCCUCCCCUAUAACGCGCUUCCCACUGCGCGCCCCGGCCUGGCUUGGCAGCCCCCGGGCCUUGCACCAUGCUGGAGUCCUACGUGACCCCCAUCUUCAUGAGCUACGUGAACCGCUACAUCAAAAACCUCAAGCCCUCCGACCUGCAGCUGUCUCUCUGGGGGGGGGAUGUGGUGCUCAGCAAGCUGGAGUUGAAGCUGGAGGUCCUGGAGCAGGAGCUGAAAUUACCAUUUACAUUUUUAAGCGGUCAUAUUCAUGAAUUACGGAUCCACGUGCCAUGGACAAAACUGGGCUCGGAGCCGGUAGUCAUCACUAUCAAUACAAUGGAGUGCAUACUGAAGCUCAAAGAUGGAUUACAGGGUGAUCAUGAAAGCUGUGGCUCCAGUUCAACCAAUCGCAGCACUACCGAGAGCUCAAAGUCAACCAUAAAACCAAGACGAGUCCAGCAAGCUGCCCCCACGGACCCCGACUUGCCAGCAGGAUAUGUGCAGAGCCUGAUUAGACGCGUUGUAAACAAUGUAAAUAUUGUAAUCAAUAACCUCAUCUUAAAAUAUGUGGAGGAUGAUAUAGUUCUUUCAGUCAACAUCACUUGUGCAGAAUGCUAUACAGUAGAUGAGUUUUGGGAUCGAGCAUUCAUGGAUAUUUCAGCGACAGAUCUGGUACUGAGGAAGGUUAUUAACUUUUCUGACUGCACGGUUUGUCUCGAUAAAAGAAAUGCUAGUGGCAAAAUAGAAUUUUACCAGGAUCCUUUGCUUUACAAAUGUUCCUUCAGAACUCGUCUUCAUUUUACGUACGAUAACCUUAAUUCCAAGAUGCCAUCUGUCAUUAAAAUUCAUACUUUAGUCGAGAGCUUGAAGCUGUCUAUUACGGAUCAACAACUCCCCAUGUUUGUGCGUAUUAUGCAACUUGUGAUUGCUCUUUAUUAUGGAGAAAUAGGGAGUUUUAAAGAUGGAGAAUCGGAAGAUCUAGCCUGCAGCACUAAGGACAUUUUGGGAAACAUACCAGGUGGAGAAGAUGAAAUUAACCCAGAUGUGCAAUAUUCAGCUCAAUAUAAGACCCAGGAGAUCUACUCGCAGCCAGAUGAUGAACAGCCACAGGGCUGGGUAUCAUGGGCGUGGUCAUUCGUUCCUGCAAUUGUGAAUUCCGAUGAUGCGGAAAGUGAAUACCUUGGAAGUGAUGCAGCAUCAGUAAUAAAACAGCAAAAAGCCCAGACUCUGAAAGAUCCGAUUGUUUCCAUAGGGUUUUACUGUACAAAGGCAACUGUCACUUUCAAGCUCACUGAAAUGCAAGCAGAGAAUAGUUAUUAUAGCCCACAGAAAGUAAAAUCCAAGGAAGUAAUAUGCUGGGAGCAAGAAGGAACUACAAUUGAGGCUCUUAUGAUGGGAGAACCUUUCUUCGAUUGCCAGAUAGGCUUUGUAGGUUGCCAAGCUAUGUGUCUUAAAGGAAUUAUGGGAGUUAAAGACUUCGAAGAGACUAUGAACAGAAGUGAUGAGGAAGCCCGUUUCUUCCUUUGUGGUGAAAAUUUAAGUACCAAAGGGAUGACAUACCUUACAAAUUCCCUGUUUGAUUACAGAAGUCCAGAAAAUAAUGGCACUCGUGCAGAAUUCAUUUUGGAUGCAACUCACCAUAAGGAGACAUACACAGAGAUAGCUGGAAUGCAGAGGUUUGGGGCUUUCUACAUGGAUUACCUGUACACAAUGGAAAGCUUCAGUGGCAAAGCGUCUGGGACUCAACAAGACCUUUCCUCAAAGAGUGAUGAUUUGGGAAACGUUCAAGAGAGGUCAAGCAAAAGCCUCGUCAUAGGACCUUUUGAUCUUCGCUUGGACAGCAGUGCCGUACACAGGAUUAUGAAAAUGAUGGCGUGUGCUUUUGAGCAUGAAUAUGAGCCAUACAGUAGGCUGAAAUCAGAUGUUAUGGAUGAAAAUAGAAGCAUGCCUAGCACUGAAGAAGUGCCCUCUUUAGAAGACUACAUUCCUACACGACUUACCAGUGUUACGGUCCUUAAAUGUACCUUUACAAUUCACAUGGCCGAAUUCAACUUGCUAAGCCAUUUGCUGCCUGUCAUUCUGGGGGAAAAGAAUGCCAGUACCUUUGUGAAUAAUGUAAGCUUCCAACCUGUCCGGCCUUUGCCUUCCGUCCAAAUAUUGGUAGACAAAAUUAACGUGGAACAUUCUGUACCUAUGUAUGCGGAACAGCUGGUGCACACGGUCAGCAAUCUUAGCCAACCUUCUGAAAACUUGCUUCACUACUGUUAUGCCCACUGCUACCUUAAGGUAUUUGGUUUCCAAGCAGGACUGACCUCUUUGGAUAGUAGAGGAUCAUACUGCUUACCUGCUCCACUCAUCCCCUCUUUCAGCACUGCUCUUUAUGGAAAAUUCCUGAAACUCCCGAUGUGUUGGACCAAACGGACGCAGGUUCCGUUAACCGAGUGCAUAUUUGAGCUCCCAAGCCUCACACUUCAAGCUACAAGAGCCCAGACCCUUUUGAUGCAAGCAAUUUAUGAAAGUUGGACCUAUCAUACUGGGAAUAUCAGUACGGCCAUUGUUAAUGAAGCUUUGCUGAAUGAAAUCUUUCAUACUUCAGGUGUGAAAUCUAAGAAUCCCCUGCCAACUCUUGAGGGUUCAAUCCAGAAUGUCGAAUUGAAGUACUGCAGCACAUCAUUGGUCAAAUGUGCCUCUGGGACCGUGGGAUCAAUAAAAAUUUGUGCCAGAGCCCCAGGUGAUGGUGGAAAAGAGAAGCUGAUUCCCAUAAUUCAGGGUUCUUCAGACACCAGAGAUCUUCACAGCAGCAAGUGGCUCAAUGAAAGUAGAAAGCCAGAAUCUCUCUUAGCUCCAGAUUUGAUAGCCUUUACAGUCCAAGUUCCUGGUUGUGUGGAUUACUGUCAUAAUUCUGGUGCAGUACUUCUCGCCAGUGUACAAGGAAUAGCAGUCAGCAUCGAUCCAGUGAUAUACACAUGGCUCACCUAUCAGCCGCAGAAACGAAGUAAUAGACACAUUCAGCAGCAACCUGUGGGAGCUAUUCCUCUUGUGAUGCCAGCAACUAAAAAAAAAGAGGAUGAGGUGUCAAUUGGAAGCGUGCCCCUGGCAAAGCAGCAGUCGAAUCAGGCUUCAGAGUGUGCCAGCAGCCCUGUGAAAACAAAAACGGCAACAGAAUCUCGACCUUUGUCAGUACCAGUGAAAACCAUGCUGAACUCAUCUGAAGGCUGCCGAAGUCCAGAGGAAAGAAUGAAAGAAUUUAUUGGGGUAGUAUGGAAUGCAGUUAAGCGCCUCACACUUCAGCUAGAAAUACAGUCGUGUUGUGUGUUCCUUCCAAAUGACAGUCUGCCUUCCCCGAGCACAAUUGUAUCUGGCGACAUUCCUGGAACUGUGAGAAGUUGGUAUCACGGGCAAGCCAGUAUGCCGGGAACCCUCGUUCUCUGUCUGCCCCAGAUCACAAUCCUUAGUGCUGGACAUAAGUACAUGGAGCCACUGCAGGAGAUUCCAUUUGAUGUCUUGAAACCUAUUCUCGAAGAAGGUGACGCUUUCCCCUGGACAAUCAGCCUGCAUCAUUUUAGUGUAUAUACCCUUUUGGGACAACAGAUGACACUUUGCUUGAUGGAACCUAUGGGCUGUACCUCUACUCUGGCUGUCACAUCACAAAAACUUCUUGGUUCAGGGCCCGAAUCCAGACAUUCAUUUGUUGUCUGCCUCCAUGUCGACCUGGAGUCUCUCGAGAUUAAGUGUUCGAACCCCCAGGUUCAGCUCUUGUAUGAACUAGCAGAUACCAUGAGUCAAGUCUGGAAUAAGAUUCAAAAGAGAGGCGUUCUACAUCAAUCUUCAGUGCAUAUCGAAUCCAUGGGAGGGCCUAUUCCUAGCUCUCCAAUUAGAAGUAGUGUUGGUACAGUGCCCCUGGAUACGAGCACAUGCAGUCCGUCUGCUGACAUUGGAACCACUACAGAGGGGGACUCUCUACAAGCCGGAGAUGAGUCACCAUUUUCCGACUCUGUUACCUUGGAGCAAACUACAAGUAACAUUGGUGUGUCAAGUGGACGUGUGAGCCUGUGGAUGCAGUGGGUGCUGCCAAAAAUUACUAUAAAAUUGUUCGCUCCAGACCCUGGAAACAAAGGCACAGAAAUCUGCAUGGUUACUGAACUAGAAGAUCUCAGUGCCUCAGUUGAUGUCCAGGACGUGUAUACCAAAGUCAAAUGUAAAAUAGAAAGCUUCAACAUAGAUCACUACAGAAGCAGCCUUGGGGAAGAGUGUUGGUCUCUGGGGCAAUAUGGAGGUGUCUUCCUAUCCUGUACUGACAAGCUGAAUAGACGCACCUUGUUGGUUCGACCCGUCAGCAAGCAGGACCCUUUCAGUAAUUUCUCUGGCUUCUUUCCUUCUAGCACCACAAAACUUUUAGAUGGCUCACAUCAGCAGCAGCAUGGAUUUCUCUCUCUUACAUAUACAAAAGCUGUAACUAAAAAUGUCAGGCACAAGUUAACAUCACGAAGUGAACGAAGAAGUUUCCACAAGUUAUCCGAAGGCCUAACGGAUGGUUCUCCUCAUUUCCUUCACGAGAUACUUCUUUCAGCCCAAGCGUUUGAUGUUGUUCUGUAUUUUCCCUUGCUCAGUGCAAUUGCAAAUAUAUUUCAAGCGAAGCUCCCCCGGACACAAAAGGAGAAGAGGAAGUCUUCUGGUCAGCCGAUGAGGACUCACACUCUCACCUCCCGCAGUUUACCGUUGAUUUAUAUCAACACGAGUGUAAUCAGAGUUUUUUUCCCCAAAACUGAAGAAAGUCAACGUACUAUUAAAGUUCAGCAAAUGGCGAAAGAAGACACUUUGGUUCUGAAGAUUGGCUCAGUUUCCAUGACUCCUCAGGCCGAUAACCCGCUUUGCAGAACUAUCCUCAGGAAAGACAUUUACCAGAGAGCUUUGAACUUGGGGAUUCUCCGAGACCCUGGUUCAGAAGUUGAGGACAGACAAUAUCAAAUAGAUCUCCAGACUAUCAAUAUUGGUACUGCUCAUUGGGAUCAGUUAAAACCAGAGAAAGAAAGUGGAAAAGGAGGAGUGCUGACGGAGAGUGAAAGAAAUUCUCAAAACCCCGCACUCGAGUGGAAUAUGGCCAGCAGCAUACAACGGCAUCAAGAAAGGAGAGCGAUUUUAACACCAAUUUUGACGGAUUUUUCGGUCCGAAUAACCGGCGCACCAGCUAUCAUUUUCACGAAAAUAAUUUCAGUAGAUAAUUUGCAUAACGAGGAGAUUUUAGUGUGUGGCCAUUCCUUGGAAGUGAACAUGACUACAAACCUGGACUUCUUCCUCAGCGUAGCCCAAGUUCAACUCCUCCAUCAGCUAAUAAUUGCCAAUAUGGUCGGUCUGGAACCUUCAAACCAGAGCCCAGAGGUCUCCAAACAAGAGCAGAAAAAAAUGGACACAUGCGAGGGUGGCGUGGCUGAAACCUCUUCUCGCUACAGUGGGGCCCAAGACAGCGGCAUUGGGAGCGACAGCGUGAAAAUAAGAAUUGUCCAGAUCGAACAGCACAGUGGCACCAGUCAACAUCGCAUCGCCCGCCCUUCUCAUCAGUCUUCCAUUGUGAAAAAUUUGAAUUUUAUCCCCUUUGAUGUAUUUAUCACCGCAAGUAGAAUCUCCCUAAUGACCUAUUCCUGUACUGCCGUGCCUAAAUCUAAGUCACUGAAGGACCAGAAGGAUGGUGAGAAAAUGGGCAAAAAUUUGUUAGACCUCACCGAAGCAGAUUCAGAGGUUGGUACUAAAGCCAUUCCGGUUUCUAUUUCAUCGGUGACAGCGGAUGAUCUCUUAAGCAGUAACAUUUCGUUGCCUCCUGGGAGAAAAACCGGGCUUCUGUCUCUCGAGGGUCUUCGUGCUUCUACGAGGUCGUCUGCUCGGCAAGCCCUUGGAAUCACCAUUGUUCGCCAGCCUGGACGAAGAGGAACUGGCGAUGUACAGCUAGAACCUUUUCUCUACCUGGUGGUAUCCCAGCCUUCGUUGCUGCUGAGCUGUCAUCACAGAAAACAGAGAGUGGAGCUGUCGGUGUUUGACGCCAUGCUUAAAGGAGUAGCUUCUGAUUACAAGUGUAUGGAUCCGGGGAAGAUUUUGCCCGAAGCUCUUGAUUACAGCAGGAUUUGGUUACAGACAGUAUCUGGAGAAGUAGAUACCAAAAGUGGCAUUCCUCCUCCACUUGUUAUACUGCAAAUUAAAGACUUUCUCAAUGGACCAGCAGACAUAAAUUUGGAUAUCUCAAAGCCUUUGAAAGCAAACCUGAGUUUUGUCAAACUAGAUCAGAUAAACCAUUUUCUGAAGAAGAUCACAAUCACGAAUGAUUCCGAGAGCAGCACGGAGACGACUUCAUCAGAUGAACUACUAAACAGAGUUGAAGUCUCAGCAUCCCGAGUCCACAGUGGAGACCUGCCUGUUGCUGCAGCACACGCUGAUGGGGGGCAAAAGGUUCCAGUCCAAGAAAACAUGUGGAGAGCAGUUUCCUGCUUUCAAAAGAUUUCUAUCCACACUGCUCAGAUAGUGGUCUCCAUGGAAACCAUCCCACACCCUAAUAAACCAUGCCUGUUAGCAUCUUUAUCAACCCUCGAUGGAAGCUUAAAUGUCAAGACAGAACAAAGAACACCUGGUAUAAUUCUUGGCUCAUCAUUUCUACUUGCCAUAAAUGACUUUCUCCUUAAAACAAGUCUCAAGGACAGAAGCAGAGUUCUGAUAGGUCCCUUCUGUGGUACUGCCAACCUUGAAGCAAAAUGGUGUAAGCAUAGUGGCAAUCCAGGUCCGGACCAAACCAUUCCCAAAGUACAUAUUGAUGUCAGAGGAGGCCUUGUACAGGUAUUCUGGGGACAGGAGAAUUUGAAUUGUCUAGUUCUUCUGCAUGAACUUCUACAUGGAUACCUGAAUAAGGAUGGCAGAUCAGAAGUCCGAGUCAGUGAUCAAGGGCCCCAGGUGCUUCCUCCAGUGCAAAAGUCUCAGAGCUGCAAAACGGAGCAUAGCUCAGAUGAUCUGAGGACAGGCCUAUUUCAAUACAUUCAAGAUGCUGAACCCCAGAAGCUGCCUGGUGUCUAUGAAGUUAUAUUUUAUAAUGAAACUGAGGAUAAUCCCGGGAUGAUGAUGUGGAGAUAUCCAGAACCUAGAGUGCUUACCCUCGUACGAAUAACUCCUGUUCCUUUCAAUACCACAGAAGAUCCGGAUAUCAGCACAGCAGACCUUGGGGAUGUACUGCAGGUUCCUUGCAGCCUGGAAUACUGGGAUGAGCUCCAAAAAGCAUUUGUCGCAUUUCGAGAAUUCAGUCUGUCGGAAAGCAAAGUCUGUGAGUUGCCGUUGCCCAAUAUCAACCUUGUGAAUGACCAGAAGAAAUUGGUAGCUUCAGACCUGUGGAGAAUUGUCCUGAACAGCAAUCAAAAUGGUGUGGAUGACCAAAGCUCAGAAAGUGAAUCUGGGUCCCAGAGUGCUUGCGACCAACUUGUCACACCCACGGCCUUAGCUGCCUGUACCAGAGUCGACUCGUGUUUUACUCCUUGGUUUGUGCCUUCGCUGGGUGUUUCUCUGCAGUUUGCACACUUGGAAUUCCACCUCUGCCAUCACCUUGAUCAGUUGGGCACAGUUCCGCCAAAAUACCUCCAACCGUUUAUCUCCGAUAAAAGUGUGCCAGCUGAACUGGAGUACAUGAUCAUUUCCUUCAGAGAACCCCACGUAUAUCUUCGGCAGUGGAACGACAGAUCCGUCUGUCAGGAGAUACAGCUGUCCACUCAGGCCGACUGUCAACUCCUGGAGUGCCGAAAUGUCACCAUGCAGAGUGUGGUGAAACCUUUUAGCGUUUACGGACAGCUGGCUGUUUCUAGCGGUGCAGCCGAAAAGUCGUUGGACGGCACUGUGAUAGUAGAGCCUGUAUUUAUAAACAUCGGGCAGUAUGCCGUUCAUUCUCUAAAUACUGCAAUUCAAGCUUGGCAGCAGAACAAAUGCCCAGAGGCAGAGGAGUUGGUCUUUGGCCAUUUUGUGAUCUGUAACGACACACAGGAGACACUGCGGUUUGGCCAGGUGGAUACUGAUGAAAAUAUUCUGCUGGCUUGUCUCCGCAGUCACCAGUACAGCUGGCGCUCUCACAAGUCCCCACAGCUGUUACACAUCUGCAUUGAAGGUUGGGGAAACUGGCGCUGGUCAGAGCCAUUCAGCGUGGACAGUGCUGGAACUUUUCUCAGAACGAUUCAAUACAAAGGCCGGACAGCUUCACUCAUUAUUAAAGUUCAACAGAUCAAUGGAGUGCAGAAACAAAUUCUUUUCGGCGGAAGGCAGAUCAUCUGCAGCUUCUUGUCCCAGAGCAUUGAACUGAAAGUGGUGCAGCAGUACGUGGGUCAGGACGGGCAAGCUGUCAUUCGCGAGCAUUUGGACUGCCUCCCGGCCAACCAGAAAUUGCCGUCCUACAUCCUAGAAAACAGCGAGCUCACCGAGUUGUGUGUGAAGGCCGAAGGAGAUGAAGACUGGUCACGGGACGUGUGCCUCAAGGCUCAAACCACCGAAUAUAGCAUAGUCAUUCAGGUGCCAUCUUCAAACGGAUCCAUUAUUUACGUCUGGUGCACAGUUUUGACUUUGGAGCCCUGUUCUCAAGUGCAACAAAGAAUGAUUGUGUUCAGCCCUCUUUUUAUCAUGAGGAGCCAUCUUCCAGACCCCAUUAUCAUACACUUGGAGAAAAGGAGUCUGGGAUUGAGCGAAACACAAAUUAUUCCGGGAAAAGGCCAAGAAAAAUCACUCCAAAAUAUUGAACCCGAUCUCUUGCAUCAUCUAACUUUUCAAGCAAGAGAAGAGGAUGAUCCUUCUGACUGUGCUGUCCCUAUCUCAACAGCCCUUAUUAAGCAAAUAGCCACUAAGACGCAUCCUGGAGGCACAGUGAAUCAGAUUCUUAGCGAGUUCUAUGGGACAGAGAGUUCCUUCCGAGCUGUGUGGCCAUAUAAUAAAAAGGAUUCAGAGAGUCAUGAACAGCUGAGUCAGUGGGACAGUCCCAUGCGGGUGAAGUUGUCCGUCUGGAAGCCGUAUGUGAAAACUCUGCUAAUAGAACUUUUGCCCUGGGCCUUAUUCAUCAAUCAAUCCAAGUGGGACCUCUGGCUAUUUGAAGGAGAAGAGAUCGUUCUACAGAUUCCUGCUGGGAAAACUAUAAUCCCACCUAAUUUUCAGGAAGCAUUUCAAAUUGGAAUAUACUGGGCAAAUACCAAUACGGUGCACAAGUCAGUCGCAAUUAAGCUGGACCACAACUCAACGUCUCCCAAGUGGAAGGACGGCGAUAACGAUGAAGUGGUAACUUUGGAUGAAGAAGGGUUUGUUGAUGCUGAAAUAAAACUUGGUGCUUUCACAGGACAUCAGAAGUUGUGCCAGUUCUGCAUUUCCUCUAUGGUUCAACAAGGUAUUCAAAUUCUACAAAUUGAAGAUAAGACUACAGUAAUCAACAAUACACCAUACCAAAUUUUUUACAAGCCACUGCUAUCUGUCUCAAGUAUCCGUUCUGAAGAAGAGUAUCUGCAAGUUCUCGAUAGUGCUAUUUUCAGCAUUUGCCCAGCUGGAGACCAGCCUACUGUGAAAUCGAGUUCCGUUCCCUGCUGGAACUUAAUGCCUGACAUCAGUCAAUCAAUGUUAGAAGAGUCCCUGCUACAGAAACAAAUCUUGCUAAGUUUUUGUCCGGCUGGAAGUGCUGACAGUUCUCAGGGCUGGAGCCUACCAGCCGUUGUUAGACAAGAUAUUCCGAGGCAGAGCGUGGCAGUACCCUUAAGGGACUGCACCGAAAAUGGAUUCUGCACCAGAGCUGUGGCACUGACUUAUCAGGAACAUCUUGGAGUGACUUACUUAACACUGGCAGAAGAUCCUAGUCCCCGCCUCAUUAUCCACAACAGGUGCCCAAUAAUGUUGCUUCUGAAGGAAAACAUCAAAGACACUCCAAAGUUUGACGUUUACUGCAGAAAAAUUCCAGCUGACCGUUCCGUUCAUCAUGAGCUAUAUCAUCAAGUCUCCUGCUAUCCAGACUGCAAAACCAAAGAUUUACUCCCUAGCCUGCUUCUAAAAGUAGUAUCGCAAGAUGAAAUGACCCCCGAAUGGAGUGAUUUUGUGGACAUUAAUAAUCAAGGAAUGCAGGUUUUGUUCUUAACUGGCUUUGGCUACGUGUACGUGGAUGUUACCCAUCAUUGUGGCACAGUGAUAAUAACUUUGGCUCCAGAAGGAAAAGCAGAGCCCAUCCUAACCAGCACAUAUGGAAUUCAGGAGCACAGCGUUGCCUUAAGACUGUUCAUCGGUCAGCUAAGUCUUGCGGUAUUUGAUGACAUCACCCACCCCAAAAUAUCCUCUGAACUUCUGCGCCUUACACUGGACAACGUUUUCCUGAGUGUUGCACCAGAAGCCAGCCAGCUGAAGGUCCUGCCUCCCCGAGAUCCCACCAAAGGCCUCCUGGAGCUUUAUAGUCUCGAAAUACAUUGCGGAGACUUGCAGCUGGACAAUCAGCUCUAUAACAAGUCUAAUUUCCACUUUGCUGUGUUGGUCUGCCAGGGAGAAAAAACAGAAAGCACACAGUGGUCCAAAGUGAACAGCCUGCUCCUAUCCAGCAAAGAGCUGGAUGAGUACAAGAAAAACUGUUUCAUCAAACUUUGCGUCGUCUUUUCCGAAGGUCAGAACUCUCUGCUUGACAUGAAUGAAAUCAGCUUCGAGCUGAAGCCUGCCAGGUUGUAUGUGGAAGACACAUUUGUUUACUAUGUCAAAACUUUGUUUGGCACGUAUCUUCCCGGCGGCGGCCAGCUGUCCAGACUUUCCGCAGAGCUGGCGGGUCUUCCCCAGGUACUACCUGAACAAGUCAGGCAACAUGCCCGUGCUUUGGUCAAUCCGGUGAAACUGAGGAAGUUAACAAUACAGCCCGUGAGCCUGCUGGUCAGCAUCCACGCUUCGCUGAAGCUCUACAUCGCUUCAGAUCAUACGCCUCUCUCCUUCUCCGUGUUCGAACGGGGACCGAUUUUCACCACGGCCAGGCAGCUCGUCCACGCUCUGGCAAUGCACUACGCGGCCGGGGCUCUCUUCAGAGCAGGUUGGGUGGUGGGGUCUUUGGAGAUCCUGGGCAGCCCGGCCAGCCUGGUGCGCAGCAUAGGAAACGGCGUCGCCGAUUUCUUUCGCCUCCCGUACGAAGGACUGACCCGAGGCCCGGGGGCCUUCGUCAGCGGAGUUUCCAGAGGCACCUCUUCGUUCGUAAAGCACAUUUCUAAAGGUACCCUGACAUCCAUCACCAACCUGGCCACAAGCCUGGCCCGCAACAUGGACAGACUCUCUCUCGACGAGGAGCACUACAACCGGCAAGAAGAAUGGCGGCGACAGCUCCCGGAGAACCUGGGCGAAGGGCUGCGGCAGGGACUGUCCAGGCUUGGCAUCAGCCUCCUAGGUGCAAUUGCGGGAAUUGUGGACCAGCCAAUGCAGAACUUUCAGAAGACAUCGGAGGCUCAGGCUUCAGCGGGCCACAAGGCCAAGGGAGUGAUCUCUGGGGUGGGAAAAGGAAUUAUGGGGGUGUUCACCAAGCCCCUCGGAGGUGCAGCUGAGCUUGUGUCGCAGACUGGCUAUGGUAUUUUACAUGGAGCUGGACUUUCUCAGCUUCCCAAACAGCGCUAUCAUCCAAGAGAUCAACAUGCUGACCAGGCCCCAAACAGCCAUGUCAAAUACGUCUGGAAAAUGCUUCAGUCCCUUGGCCGACCGGAAGUCCACAUGGCACUGGACGUGGUUAUUGUGAGCGGCUCGGGCCAGGAACACGAAGGGUGCUUGCUGCUAACCUCCGAAGUGCUGUUUGUUGUCAGCAUCAGCGAAGACACUCAGCAGCAGGCGUUUCCCGUUACGGAAGUUGACUGUGUACAAGACGCCAGGCAAGGAAAUGUUCUCAAGGUGCAACUCAAGCAACAAAGAGUGGCUUGUGAUUUGGAGGUGGAUGGGGUCAGAGAGAGGUUGUCUGAACAACAGUACAACCGACUUGUGGACUACAUCACCAAAACAUCCUGUAACGUCAUUCCCAGCAGCUCCUCUUUGCAAACCCCAUUCCAGGUGGUAGCUGUGGAGCCCCCGGUAUCCACAGUUAAAACUUAUAAUUACCUUGUGGACCCAAAUUUUGUUCAUGUCUUCAUUAGCAAGUUCACCAUGGUGAAAAAUAAAGCCCUGCGGAAGGGCUUUCCCUGAGCCCUGGAAUGAGAGAUCACCACUGUUUCUAGAAAACUGCAACUUCUUCGUGGCGUUACGAGGAGGGGAGAGAAGAAACUGUUUAACUUGUGUGGGAACUGUAACCUCCGGUCAGCCUAGUGGCUUUUCUGAACGCUAUCCAAUUUAGCCUCUAGAUUUUUCUCCCCUCCCUUUUGUGUUAACUGCUACAACACUAAAUGACAACUUUAGAAAAAUGAUGGAAAUGACAGCAGCAGUCCCUUGGGUGGUGGUAUUCUCAUCAGAAAAAAUGCAGAAUUAAUAUUUCUGUCCUUUCCAUUGUUACCAAAAUAUAUGACUCUAUUCCUUCUAGGCAGCAGGGAGGUAGACUACAGCAAGAGACCCAGAAAUGCUAGGUUAUGUUACAAGCCUUUUAACACUGUUUUACAAUGGGACCAAGGGCAAGUCAUUUAACCUUUUGUGCUUUUCCCCUUUCUUUAAAUGGGGAUGUCCUGGGUUUCUUGGAUGAAGGACACUAAUUAGUGCCAAGUGUCAUUUGCUCAGGGUUUAACCAGGUUCUAGUGGUCAAUUUUAAAGCAAGUCGAUGUCCAUGUUUUUCAGUGACCCUGUUGUUUAAAAGGACUUUUUGUCUGUAGUUAACAUUUCCAGAGCAUUUUGAACAAACCCGUCCUUUUUAGAAAAAGAAUCUUAGGUCCAAGGAUGCUUGCAUAUGUUUUUUUCUUCACACUUUUGGCCCUCCCAAACCACAAUUAACAUGCAUUGCAUCUUUUUCUGAAUUUAUAAUCUUUACUCACGGCCAAAGCAGUUUUAAGUCAGUGCUUUUUCCUCUAAAUGUCCUUAAAAGUUUCCUUCAAAUUAACGAAAGCUCUUGGUCCAAAACUUAGCUCAGGGCUUAGAAACUGAUGGGUCUCUCCACUGCUGCCUUGCUUGAUGGCAGGAAGAGCUAGAAAUCCUGACUUAAGAGAACUGGAUUUUUUUAUGGUGUUGGAACUAUACACCACUGAGUUUCAGCAAAAAAAAAAAAAAAAGUAUUCCAUUUUCUCAACUUCCAGGGUUUUCCAUUAAACAAUUUUUGAGUUAAGAACUUGAUACAUUGGCAUUAAUUAAGCAUAAUUUUAAAAGUUUACUUAAUAUAGGCCUAGCCCUAGACACAAAAAUCACCUUAACAUAAAGUCAAAUCCUUUUCAUUACCACUUACACUCCAUUUCAGUGAGACAAGCCUUUUAUGAAAUCUUUCAAACCUUGUGCAGACUACAACCUCAACUUUUCUGUCAUGAUGAAGAGCUGGUGGGGAGAGGUGUUUUAAAAGAGGCAGAAGCCGCUAUAUUUGCUCUGCCACUCCUAACUAGCCCUAAGCUUGCUAUGGAUUCAGUCAACAGCCGCCGAGCACCACAGGCCCCAGAGCUGCCACGGACUGGAGGUCACCACUAGAGUUUUUCCACCCUUGCUUUAAACGCAACUCGACAUCAUCAAAUGUCUAACUGCCAUUUCCAAUUAGCAGCCACAAAACCUGGGAGCCCACCAUCCUACCGUCUUAGGCAACCCUUUCUAAAGCGUGCAGCUUAUUUUUGCUAAGAAAAAUUAACCUUGUAAUGGGCUGAUUGUAAAGUGAUCUAUCCAUUUAUCUUGGCCUGCAUCCAUCCUAUAUAGUCCUUAAAAUUAUUUUUGAAGAUGUAAAUAACAGGUCUGACUCUUUUGUGAACAAUUUAAUAUUGCCAAUUUUGCAUAUUGCUUCCAUAAAUUAAGAGAUUCUUUGGAAAAUAAAGUUUUUCCUUCAUUA